AUGAAAAUCAGUGCAUUUAAAGACGAGGACUCUUGGAGAAGUCAGCCACAGAUGUCAAGGAAGACUGCAGGCCCCAAUAUGUCGCUGUUAUUUGGCGGGCAAAAAGUGGAUUCAAAUCAUGGAGCAAAAGAUGGCUUUGUCAGCGUGAGGAGACGGGAUUUGGAGAAAUUAACCACGGAAAUAAUGCAGCUCAGGGAGUUCCUGCCCAAAGUGUUGAACCGGAAUCUGACUGAAGUGCUGCAAAACGCUCCGAAACCGGAGACAAAAAAGGAGGUCAUCGUACAGGAACAGGGGCAGCUGCAGCAGGAGUGUCUGCAUCUUCAAUCCAGACUGGACUCAGUACAGACUGAAUGUCAGAGAGAAAGAGAGGAGAAGCUGCUGUUACGUGAGCAGCUGUGGCAGAGCGGGACGGAGCUGCAGCAGCAGGCCGACUUCUGCUCCCAUUUGGGAUCGGCGGCCUGCAAUCUGCUGUGGAGCUGCUCGGCCAAGGAGAACACCGUCACGCUGUGGAUAGCCGAUGGGAAGCUGCAGUUGUUCCUGAAUGUUGCCGCUCAGACCCUGGAGAGUUUUCUGAAGUCUCUGGACGACGGGAUGAAAACUCCAACGGAGGACCACAACUCCCAUGAGCACCAGUUUGUGCUGGCGUUGGUCGGAACUAUAACGAACAUAGCGGCCACGACCUCUGGACGGGACAUCCUGUCCACUUCAGGGCACGUCUUGCUGGACGCUUUGAUAAAACUGCUAGAACUGAUGAAGCCAGGCAUCUUACCCAAACUGAAAGUGUUAAUCCUGAUGGCCCUAUAUAACGUCAGCAUCAAUGUGAAGGGACUGAAGUACAUAAGUAAAAACAAAGGACUUAUGGCUGUCAUUGGGACCCUUCUGGAUGACGGGCACUGGGAGGUGUGUCUCCACAGCCUGCGCUUCCUGCAGUCGGUGUUGCUGGACAAGGACGUGAUCCUCCUGCUGGGCUCCUCCCUGCUGGACCCGACCCUCGGGGCUCGCGUGAGCCAGCUCACGGCCAGCGCGCAGCCCAAGAUUCGAGUGACCGCUCAGCAGACCCUGGAGGAUCUGCUGGCCCUCCAGCAGGUCCAGAAGUCCAACGGUGGGAAACUCUUGUAGGUUACUCACCUCGAAAAUCUCAAAGAAAAUAAAUUCUCUAAAAACUGCGUUCAUGUGUGCUUGGCGAAUUUACACAAGGGACGCGACAUCAGGCUUUAGCUAUUUUAAUGUUGACUUGAGCUUUAAAUUCAACUGGACUCGGGACUAUCAUAAUUUACACUUCAACAGCCCAAAUGUGUUUGUUUGAUGAAUGGAGUUCAGGAGCAUAUUUUAAGAGAUUGUGGAUCUUCUUUUAAGACUAAUACUUUUAAGACUCAGCGAAAACACCUCUGUAUCCCAAUGAAAGGAAUAGAAACCUCUCUAUAUACAACAAAAAACUGGAACACUUUUAUUUUUGCAGGGCCCGUGAUGCUAACAGAGCAUUAGCUUAUGUGGAUUAGCCUCUUCAGUUCAGCCAAUCGCCUUCGAUAACAGUUGUUUAAGACUAAAUAUAGAAGGACCAGAUUUAUAACAGUUGGUAUAAGAUAUAAUAAAAUGAUUUUUUUAUGUUUAACAGUUAUAUGUCCCCUUGUUCAUU